AUGUCUCAUUGUCUAGAGGAGACAAACUUUAGUAAGCCUACUUACUGCGAUCAUUGCCAAGGUUUAUUAUGGGGCCUUGUCAAACAAGGCCUCAAAUGUUCAGGCUGUGGAGCUGUUUCUCAUUUCAGCUGCCAGCAGGAAUUGAAGCCUUGCAAGAAUCCAAAGUUAGUGGAUGAUCCACCAGUGUAUCGCAAACCAGAUUACGAUUCACCCGCAGCAAAUGCCUUGCGAUCGUUGCAACAGCAGCACUUGAAUGAUCCAAGCUCUCCUUCUUCAACGCCGACAGUGGAAGGAAGCUCGCUAGCCAAGCUCAAGAAACUAGCGACAUCUGAGGAAUUUCAAAAUGUACUUGUAUCUGCAGCCAUUCAUUCAUCAGACACAACACAGCCUCCUAAUGAAUACCUCGCAAACUUGCCUCCUCUCAAUCCUCAAAAUACAGCCAAGAACUUUUCUCGAUUUGUGUCUCGAUGCGGUCCCAUGUUUGCGUUUCGAGACAGCGUUAUUCUGCUGCUCAGCUGGAACAAGCCAAUUGAUACACUAGCAGCACUCAUCGUCUACUGUUUGAUUUGUCUACAUCCCAAAUUGAUGUUGUUUGUGCCACACGUAAUUGUGCUCCAGAUCAUCAUAUCAGGCUAUACAAAGAAAUUCGGCAACAAGCAUCAAGAGAAAACGACAGACAAGGACAAACGCAACAACCAACACCAAGGUAAAAAGCCACAGCCCAAGAAAUCGACAUCUGCUUCGACAGCUUCUUCACUUGGCGGGAGUCGCUUCAACUUUGCCUCUGCUCUGUUUCCUGCUUUUGACGAAGCCUCGCCCGAAUACCUCAAGAAUAUGCAGAACUUGCAAAACAUGAUGGGAGAAAUGAGUGGUUUAUACGACUUGGUUGCUUCAAAGAGUCAUCUCGUCGACUGGUCAUCAGAGACAGAGACAAUGCGCUUCUUCCAAGGCACGCUGAUCUCUUUGGGUAUCCUGGCCAGUGUCAUUUGGUUUGUUCCUUUGAAUGCCAUCUUCUUGGUAGGCGGUGUUGCCAUGUUCUUGUUGAAUACACGAUUUGCAAAGUUUGUGCUUAAGGAAAUGCUUCCUCAGAUCGCUGAAAUUGGCCAAUCGCAAGUGGAUUCAGCUGUUCAAUGGUACACUCAAGUAGAGAAACGACUAGACGAUCAAGCCAAUGUAAAAGAGCAAUCACUUUACGAGAACCAAAGAUGGUGGUCUGGAAGUGGGUUCGUGCCUCAUAUGUUACCUAAUGAGCGUGGUAUUUGGUCUGACAUGUCCGGUACAGUUGAAUUAGCUCCUAAAGAAGAGCUGCCUGCUCCAGAGGGUUAUCAUUGGAUUGAGGAUAAUUGGAGUCUGGAUCAAAGUGGUCCAUGGAUAGAUGAGAUUCUCGGCAUUGAAGUAAUGGUGAGCCCUGAAAAUGGGGGCUGGGUGUACACAGAUCACAACUGGGAGAAUCCAAGAAACGGAAACAAUCUCAUCAACAAUCAGCAAUCCGAGACUUCCGCCGAUAAAAGCGUGACAAGAAGAAGAAGAUGGAUCCGUAAAUGCGAAAGAAAUAUCAAUAACAAGAAGUAUAACCUUCCAGAUACCAAUUAG